AUGAAUGGCCUUGGCGCACCAGCAGUAGGAGGCGCUGGAAAGCCCACGCCUCUGCUGAUCCGGAUCCUAAUGAUAGGGGACAGCUCUGUGGGGAAGACUUCUUUGGUGCUGCGGUACGACAAGCGAGGGUUUAACCUUCGUUUCACGACGACCAUAGGGGUCGACUACAGCGACCGCCUGUUGGAGUUGGACGGGCGCCAGGUCAAACUUCAGAUCUGGGACACGGCAGGGCAGGAGAGGUUUCACUCGCUGACGACGAGCUUCUUCAAGCGCGCCGAGGGGUUUGUGCUUGUAUACGACGUAUCGAACCGGCAAUCGUUCGAGAGCGUAUCGACUUGGAUGAAGGACAUCGUCGAGCAAGGGAAAAGAGGGUCGGACGUGGUUAUUUGUGGCAACAAGUGCGACUUACAGGGGCGAGAGGUGGCAAGGGAGGAAGGCGAACAACUAGCGGCGGAACUGGGGGUCCCGUACAUGGAAACCAGCGCAAAGGAAAACCUGAACGUCGAGGAGACCUUCGGCAACUUAGCUUCGCGGGUUAAGACCCGGCUGGAAGCAAGCCAGGCUGCCACCGAUGGGGCGGGUGCCGGAGAGACGCUGAGACUGAACGGGGGCCGAAACGGGGGCGUAGACACGGAGUCUCUCACCCAAAGGAUGGAGUCGUGUUGCACUUGA